AUUCCCCGCCCCCCAAUCUUCGACAUCCUAAUCCUCGGCGCCGGCCCCGCAGGCCUCAACGCCGCGCUCACCUGCGCCCGCACCCGCACCACAGCCCUUGUCCUCGACUCGCAGCAAUACCGCAACAAGGGCAUAUCUCACAUGCACACCGUCGCCUCCCGCGACCACACCCCGCCCCAAGAUUUCCGACACAUAGCCCGCGAGCAGAUCGAAGCACGCUACGACACGGUCUGGUUCCAGCAGGCACUCAUCACGUCUGCCCGCAAGACCGCCCUUACCCUUCCCAAUAAACCAAAAGCGUAUCAAGGUUUCGAAAUCGUGGACAGCGAGGGCGUCGCUUAUCUAGGCAAAAAACUCAUCUUAGCAACUGGCUCGCGCGACAUCCUCCCCGAUAUACCCGGCUACGCGGAAAACUGGCCUGGACAUAUAUACCAGUGUCUCGCGUGCGACGGGUACGAGCAGCGCGGUAGCGCGGUAGCCAUUCUGGGGUUUGACAAUCCGGGGUAUGCGCAUUUCGUGUAUAUGGCUUCGGCACUGGAUCCGGAGUCGAUUACUAUAUUGACGAAUGGGCCGCCGAAGGAGGAUGUCAAGGUGAAAGAGGCGAUUGCGGUAGCGAAAGCGCUGGGGGCUACGCUGGAUGAGCGCCGGAUUGUACAGCUAGUGAAUAACGGGCCUACCCAUGUGGAAGGCAUGACCGUGCGGUUUGAAGGGGGUGAGGAGAGAAAUUUCGGGUUUGUGGUGCAUAAGCCUGCGACUGUGAAUCGGGCGCAGGAUUUGAUUGAGGAGCUAGGGGUGGAAACGGUGGGGGAGGAGGUGGGCGGGCAUGUUCGGAUUGUGAAUGCAAUGUUUAAUGAGACGAGUGUUGGGGGGGGUUUUGCGGCGGGGGAUACAAUGGUGGCGAUGAAGCAGGUUGCGAUCGCGAUGGCGGAGGGUUUGAAGGCUGCGGCGGGGGCGGGGAUACAGAUUGCGCAGGAGAGGAUGGCGGAGAUGAUGAGGGAGGUGGGAGAGGUGAAGGAGGUGAUGGGA